CGUCUGCAAUGGGGUUUCCAGGAUUCUUCAUUAAAAACCAGAUUUAUUUAUUUUUUAGUCCGCUCUUCUUUCUUAGAUGAUACAGAAGGACAGCGGCUGUUUCUCUCUCCUAAUAUUGCAUUCUUCUUUCUUUCUUUUUCUUUUUGGCAGUCUUUGGAAAGUACCAGGCGAAUGUUGCAGCUGGUAGAUGAGAGCAAGGAUGCCGGGAUUCGAACUCUGGUUAUGCUGGAUGACCAAGGGGAGCAGCUGGACCGCAUUGAGGACGGCCUAGACCAGAUUAUCCAAGACAUGAAGGAAGCCGAGAAGAACCUCAGCGACAUGGCCAAGUGUUGCGGCCUUUUCGUCUGCCCCUGCGCCAAGUUAAAGAACAUGAAGGCCAUGGAGGCGAGUAAGGCAGCCUCUGGCAAUGCCCAGGAUGUGGUGUCACAGCAGCCCAUGAUGAUGACCGCUGGGACACAGAUGAUGAUGAGUGGGCCUUUCAUCCAGAGGAUAAUGAAGGACGACGUGGAGGAAGAGCUAGAGCAGAAUUUGACCCAGGUGGACAGUAUGCUGAGCAACCUGCGUAGCAUGGCGGUGGACAUGAGCAACGAAAUUGAUGUCCAGAGCAAGCAGGUGGAGAAUAUCAAAGAGAAGGCCAUUGCCAAUGUGAUCAGCAUCAGCGAAGCCAACAACCAGACCACCAAGAUGCUGAAGAAAGCCUGA